AUGAGUUCAAAUUUAAUUUCAAAUUAUUUUAAACAAAAUCCACCGACAUUUUAUGAAAGUAUAAUAACUCAUGGGAUAUAUAAAAGUGAUGAGAUUGUGUUUAAUCAUGCUGCGAAGGGUCUGAUGCUAAUCAGUAAAAGUCAUGGUAAUAACCAAUCUAAAAUGAUUGAUGUUUUAAAGACGACGAAAGAUUUGAAUGUUGAUGUUGUUCCGUUUAAUGAAUUUCUCAUAAAACAGAUUCAAAAAUUUAUAGUCAAUUGUUGUAUUAAUCCAUUAUCGGCAUUAUAUGAUGUCCAAAAUGGUGAAUUGUUGUAUGGGAAAGAUACAUUAUAUUUAUGGAAACUAAUAAUAAAAGAAGCAAUGAAGGUGCUAAAUGUGAAAUAUGCUUCUGAGUUUGAAGCUAUACCUGAGUCUAAAGCUUUGUUAAAUGAUGAACAUUUGUUAAGUUACGUGAUUGAAGUUUGUCAAUUAACUUCUGAGAAUAGUUCAAGUAUGAGACAAGAUGUUAGAAAUUUAAGAAAGACUGAAAUUGAUUUCUUGAAUGGUUAUGUUAAUUUUCUUGGUCGUAAACAAGGAAUAUCUACUCCUAUUAACCAUAUGAUUGAAAAAUUAAUUAAUACGAAAUUAUCAAUUGAUCAAGGUAUAGAUAAGGCAGCAAUGAGUGAAUUAUUAAAAUAG